AUGUCUCAAGACAGUCAACACGGCAAGUGGAGCGUCUCCAGCAGUGAUGAUGACGAUGAAGAUCUUCCUCCGUCGGGCACGCCGUCCAAACCCUCUCAAGCACCCACGUCCAAUCACAGCUCGCGCUCAUCCCCCGUCCCGAAAGUAGAAAAUGUUACAUUGGAGGUUACGCGCUCUUCCCCUGUACCGAAAGUAGAAAAUGCUUCAUUGGAAGUUAAACCAGAACCAUGUCCGACACCUGCGCUUGUGGUCGGUUCUGAGGCCAGACAGCAGGCUGCGAAAAACCAGAUGAACCCUGUCAAGUAUGAGUCCUCUCCAUCUUUGGCCGGUAAGAGGAAGAUGGAUCCGGCAGAUGGCUCUGGCUGGGCGCUCUCUGACAGCGAUGAUGAUGAUGAUGAUAAUGCUAAGAAGAAAACUAACCCACCACCAACAAGGAAGGUUCCUAGUCCAAAACGCCAGAAGGUGGCGGGCGAACGCCCUCCCAGCCCUCAUGGGCGCGUCUACUAUAUCGACGAGCCCGACGACUUCUUUGAGUCCUCCGUUCCAUGUCUGGAUGACAUGUUUCGGUUUUACCUCAACAAGGUGACGGGCCUGGACAGAAAAUACAACAGUGGCGCGUUGCAUAUCAGAGACAUCCUCUCACCAUUAUUUGGAACGCUAAAAGAGUCAGUUCAGUUUAACUACUGUUUUGACAUCGCUUGGAUGGUUCAGCAGUAUCCUCCAGAGUUCAGAGAUCGUCCCGUUCUGAUUGUCCACGGUGACAAGCGGGAGGCCAAGGCUCGGCUGUUGCAACAGGCUCAUUGCUUCCCUCACGUUCGCUUCUGCCAGGCCAAAUUAGACAUCGCUUUUGGAACGCACCACACAAAGAUGAUGCUGCUGUGGUAUGAGGAGGGAUUCCGAGUCAUCAUCCUAACUUCCAACAUGAUCCGAGCAGACUGGUAUCAGAAGACACAGGGGAUGUGGAUGAGUCCUCUGUUUCCAAGGUUGCCAAAAGGAAGCAGUGACACCUGUGGGGAGUCGCCUACAUUCUUCAAGCGAGAUCUGCUGGAAUAUUUGGCAUCCUACCGGGCACCUGAGCUGGAAGAGUGGAUCCAGCGGAUCAAAGAGCACGAUCUUUCGGAAACCAAAGUCUAUCUGGUUGGCUCCACUCCUGGCAGGUAUGUGGGUCCAGACAUGGAACGUUGGGGCCACCUGAGACUCAGGAAGUUGCUUUACGAGCACACCAGCUCCAUCCCUGACGAAGACCAAUGGCCAGUGGUAGGCCAAUUCUCCAGCAUCGGCUCAAUGGGGGUGGACAAAACCAAGUGGCUGGCGGGGGAAUUCCAGCGCACCUUGACCACACUUGGGAAAUCGUCUCUUCGGCCCAACCCUCCUAUUCACUUGUUGUAUCCAUCAGUGGAAGACGUCAGGACGAGUUUAGAAGGUUAUCCUGCCGGAGGUUCCCUUCCCUACAGCAUCCAGACAGCGCAAAAGCAACUUUGGCUGCACUCCUACUUUCACCGAUGGCAGGCUGAUGCAACCGGACGGACUCACGCCAUGCCCCACAUCAAGACAUACAUGAGGGUGUCACCCGAUUUCACUGAGCUGGCGUGGUUCCUCGUAACCAGUUCCAACCUGUCCAAAGCGGCAUGGGGAGCUCUGGAGAAGAACAACACACAAGUGAUGGUUCGAUCCUAUGAACUCGGCGUCCUCUACGUGCCAUCGGCCUUUAACAUGAAGACAUUUCCAAUACGGAAAAACCCGUUUCCCUUCUCGUCAUCAUCCUCUGGUUUCCCAGUGCCAUUUGAUUUACCUCCGACAUGCUACACACCUAAAGAUCAACCUUGGAUCUGGAACAUCGCAUACAGUCGGGCUCCAGAUACACAUGGCAAUGUUUGGGUUCCCACCUAA